UCUUUGCACAGUGGAAAAAGAAAUGCACGCUUUACAUGUGUCUGGUGAUAGAGGACAAGAAGUCUUUGGAGUUCUUGCUCCUUAUCUAGAUAUUUCCAAAGCUCUUCAAAAUGUGUCCAAGCUUGAAGACAAUAUUAGCCUUCGUAAGAUGAAUCUGGACAUAAAGCAGUUCAGUGCGCUUUGGUAUGAAUUAGAAAGUUUAAGAUCGCUUAAGGAUAAAUUAGAGGGUGAAAGAACAUCUGUAGCUGCUACAAUGAAGCUCUUAGGAAAGGAGAAGAAAGAGCUGGAUGUAGAAAAGAUUCAGAAAUUAAGAGCCCAUGGCAAAGAAAUUCGGGAGAAAUUAAAGGUGAUUACAAAGCAGGUUCUGAAUUUGGAAGACAGAGUUGUUCUUUUUUACUUGAAAUUGCCAAACAAAUUACAUCAUACAGCAUGUGGUGCAGAUAAAAUUCUUAUUGGUUUAUUUGAUAAACCAUGCUUCAAGUUCAGGGCUGAAGGACAUGAAGUAUUAGGAAAAAUGAGACAUGAAUUGGAAUUUAUUGAAUGCUCUCCCACUGCAUACUAUUUGAAGGGCAGAUUAGCAAUGUUGGAAUUGGCAUGUAAUGGCUAUUUUUCCUCAGUAUUUAAAAGUCAUGGUUUCAUUAGCCACUCCAAUCCAGAUUUUGUUAAAGGAGUUGUUGUUGAAGGGAGUGGCAUAAAUAUAUCUGAAAUUGAGAAAGUGUUCAUGUUAGCCAGUCAUAAUUCAGAUGGUGAUCCAAAUGCACAGUACCUUGUUGGUGGAGCUUCUAUACAAGCAUUUGCUUCAUAUUUUACCAAGCAAGUUAUUGAUAAUUGUGAGUGUUUGCCACAGAAAUUAUUGGCAAUUGGAAGAAGCUACUCCCCAAUAUCAUGUAAAAGUUCAGGGUUGUUUAGCAGUUGGCAGUCCACUGUCUUGGAUGGUCUUGUUUUGUUUAAGAAUGAUCCUUUAGUUGAAGAGACGAUGAUUAAUGAAAUACUUAUGGCUAUGGUUCAGUGUUAUACACAAUUAAAAAUACAUUUUUAUGUUAAGCAAUAUGGAGCUCAUAAUUUACAGCCACACGAAUCUGCUGCUAUGGGAGUACUAAUGUAUUCUCCAGUAACAGACAUGUACUGGGAGGUUGGCAGAAUAUCAGUAUGUGGAGACUAUAUCAGUAAGAGACUCCUAAUACUUCAGAAAAUAACAAGUAAUUCUGCAAGUUUUGUAUCCAUGAUCCAUGUAAGAGUUUGUAAUGUUACUCGUCUUUUAGCACUUAUAAUGGAGAAUGGACAGAACAAAUUGGGAAAGUAUGAUAUUCCUGAUGCUGUAAAUAAGUUCAUGUGUAUAUGACAUUACUUUGUAAAAUUAAAUAUGUAUUUGUGUUGA